AUGACCAAGGGAUUGCAGCUCGUCAGCUUGGUCCUUUCUCUCUUUGUGGCUGCGGUCUACGGAGGCUAUUACGUCGGUUACGGGGGCUACGGCGGCUACGGUGGAUACGGAUACGGCGGUCUGGGAGGCUACGGCGGUCACGGCCAGGGUGCGUACGGCGGCUUUUACGAUGGACACGGUGGAUACGGAGGUUACGACCACGGUGGGUACGGCGGCGGAUACGGUGGCCAUGGCGGCUUCGGGGGCUAUGGUGGCUACGGAGGAUACGGCGGUCACGGUCAUCACUACUGGUGA